GUAAAAGAUAUCUUAUUUUAAGCCAUUGAUAUCUUCAAGUGGAAGAAGCUAACUAUUUUGAAGUUUUUAUCGACACUUAAUCAAAAAAUUACUUUUUAUUCUCACCUUAUGUGAAGUGAAGAUGAAAAGGUCUGUCACAAUGAAUUCUUCUAUUCUUGCUGCAAUUUUUCUCCUUUCUCUCCUGAGUUUUGCUGUUGAAAGUCAAAAACUCGAUCACACAGAUAGUGAAUCUACCACCAAUGGCACCCAAUGGGCUGUUCUGAUCGCUGCAUCAAAGGGUUACAUAAACUAUAGACAUCAGGCUAGCGUUUGCCAUGCAUAUCAAAUUCUGAAGAGUAGAGGAUUAAAGGAUGAAAAUAUAAUAGUUUUUAUGUAUGAUGAUAUUAUUCAUGCUGAAGAGAAUACAAGGCCUGGAAUUAUAAUCAAUAAACCAAAUGGCACUGAUGUUUACCGUGGAGUACCCAAGGAUUAUACUGGUGAAAACAUUAAUGUCAACAAUUUUCUGGCUGUUAUUCUUGGAAACAGAACUGCUCUCACUGGGGGCAGUGGCAAGGUUGUAAAUAGUGGCCCAAAUGACCAUAUUUUUAUAUACUACACUGACCAUGGUGCCCCUGGGAUUCUUGAAAUGCCUUCUGGUGUUCUUUACGCAAAAGACCUGAUUGAUGCAUUGCAGAAGAAAUAUGAGGCCAAAGCGUAUAAAAAAAUGGUAAUUUACGUCGAAGCAUGUAAUGCUGGGAGUAUGUUCGAAGGACUUCUUCCAGAAACUUGGAAUAUUUAUGUAAUGACAGCAUCAAAUUCAUCAGAAAGCAGCUCCGCUACGUAUUGUCCUGACUAUCCCCCUGCUCCAACUGAUCUUGAUACUUGUUUGGGUGAUUUGUUCAGUGUUUCUUGGAUGGAAGACAGUGAGACACAUGAUUUGCAGAAGGAAACCCUGGAGCAACAAUAUCGAGUGGUGAGAAACAGAACAUUAUUUAGUGAUGAAUCCAUGAAGUCUCAUGUAAUGAGAUAUGGAAACAUAGAAGGGAUUCGAAAUGACUCAGUCUCAACUUAUUUCGGAUUGAAUCCACGUAACUUCAUCCUCUCUGCUCAAGUCUCUUCUUCCUUAGCAUCAGAAAUUAAAGUUCUUGACAACCGUGAUGUAGAUAUCAAUUAUCUUCAGCACAAGUUCAAUAAAGCACUUGAGGGUUCUAAUGAGAAGAUUGAGGCUCAAAAGCGACUCAAUAAGGAAAUUUCUAAAAGACAACGAGAAGAUUUUAAUAUUCAACAGAUUUUGACAAUCUUAUUUGGCUAUAAAAAUGGACAAAAUAUAGUGCAAUAUGUUCGACCUACCGGCCAACCUCUUGUCGACAAUUGGGAUUGCUUCAAAAUGCUUAUGGGACUUUAUGAAGAGCAUUGUGGAAGCUUAUCAACAUAUGGAAAGAAGUAUGCAAGAGCAAUGGCAAAUAUGUGCAAUGUUGGGAUCAAUAAAGAGAAGAUGAUUAUGGCAUUAACCCAAGUUUGUAAAACAAGUUGAUGAAAUAUCAUUUACAUCAAAUACUAUUUCAAUAAUAAAUAUUUGAUAUCUUAUUCAA